AUGAACAUCGGCCAAUUUCCCCCAGCAGAUCUCAACUCAUCGUCCACCUUGAUGGAACGGACAGGUGUUAUUUACCAGCUAGCCACAGAUCCAGAUCUCAGGAUUGUGCUUGUUGGGAAAGCUGGAGCUGGGAGUUCAGCUGGGAACACCAUCUUACAGCGGGAGGUCUUUAAUCCCAAGCUACUGCCUUCCCUGGAAACAUCAACAUGUCAGAAGGAAACCGCAGAGUUUGAUGGUCAAAUACUGGCUGUAGUGGACACUCCAGGUCUCUUCCACACCCGUAACACUAUAGAGGAGAUGAGAACAGAAAUUGCUAAAUGCAUCUCAUUGUCUGCUCCUGGUCCUCAUGUGUUCCUGGUUGUGAUCAACGGGGCAGGCAGAUUCACAGCAGAAGAGCAAGAAACAGUGGACAUCAUCCAGGAGAUGUUUGGAGAAGAGGCAGCACGUUACACUAUGGCCCUCUUCACCCACGCAGGCCAGCUGAAGGCAGAUGGGCUCUCCAUAGAACACUUCAUUAAAGGCAACGCAGAUCUGUGUGGCUUCAUCAGUCAGUGUGGUGGUGGAUAUCAUGUGUUUGAUAACAGAGAUGACAAUCCCUCUCAGGCCCGAGAGCUGCUGGAGAAGAUCAACACAAUGGUGGAAAGGAAUAAAGGCCACUACACCAAGGACAGGUUCAGAGCUGCUGGAGAAGAUCAACACAAUGGUGGAAAGGAAUAA